AUAAGUCGGUACCGAACAGCCCCUCGGUUUCGCCUCAAAAGCCAGUUCGUCCAUUUGGGCGGGAAACUCUUUCGCAUUCCUUCCUUCACAGUGUACAUUAUUAUCUCGCCGCUGAGCUUCCCAUCUUACAUGAAACCCUAAACCCUUUCCUUCCCUUCCCGUAAUUCCAACUCCCAUGGCUCCAAGGAAGAAACCUGCAUCCUCUUCAUCUUCUACAAGAAAAGCAAACCUCAGCCGCCAGCAACUUCCAACUUCUAAGUAUGGCAUCCAGCAUUUCUUCGAGCGGCACUCGCAGACGCAGGCGGCUUCUAGUUCUUCCUGUACCCUAGAUGUGUCCAAACCCGUCCUUAACCCCAACUCUAAGCCCGCUCCAAACCCAAGUUCGAAUGUCGAUCUCAGUCCCACUUCGAGCAAGCCAUCCCCUGCAGAUCUGCCACAACCAGCCGCCAUGGCUGACAGUGAAGAAAAGUUAUCACCGGUUUCUCCGGAGUUCACCAAGAAUGUCCCUUUUAAGCGUUUCAAGUUUUCCCCCAGAUUGUUGAUAAAGCAGAGCCAAGAUGAUGGCGGAGACGAUAUCACAUGGAAAAUUUCUCCGCUAAAUGAAAGAUUGAGACCACUGAAUGCGAAGCAGUUACCCACAAUUACGAGCAUGCUUUCAGAUCAGCCCAGACCGAUUGCCUCCUUUAUCCAUCCUUGCAUGCAGAAGCAGAAUUCGUCUUGUUCUCCCGCUGCAAGACUUGAGAAGUGGCUCUCUUCUCCAACAGUAAAGGAUACUGGUGGAUCUUUAUCUUCCUCUAGGAAGUUAUCACUUGAGCAAGAGAUUGAGAUGUGCCAUGGAAAUGAGAGCGCUUGUAUGGAAACUUCAAGCAAAGUAUUUCAGACUCCCCCCUCUGCUUUAUAUGAUGGCAGCAAGUGUACGGUUGGUAUGUUCAGUAAUGGCGAAUCAGAUGAACUGGGUUUCGGGAAACACCACAAGGCAUUUAUUGAACUACUCGAUCAAGUUGAAGAUGUGAUUAUUGAUAAAGCAGUACCGAACAGAAGAAUGCAACGUGAGAACUUUUGUGAUCCUAGUGGCCAGAAAAAAGAAACAUGUAAUUUGAAAGAAAACAAAGCUGCUGUUGCCGCAUCACAAAAGGUCGACAGCUAUUUAAACGACGAAGUGUUUCUUGUUUUGGAGGUUUCUGAAAAGCACGGAACUGCUGAUUCUUCUCAUGUUCAUAAUCCUUACAAGGUUCUUCGUUUGCUUCAUGAACUUACUGGCGAGGAGAGGGCGUUAUAUCUAUGUGAUGAAUGGUUUUACAGCAUAAUUGGACCUGGUGAUACUGUGAAUGUUGUUGGAAAAUUUGAUGAGGGAAAAUGCAUUGUUGACCAUAGUAACAAUCUCGUUAUAGUUUUUCCUAAUAUACUCAUGUCCGGGACAAGGGUUGCCUCUAGUUUUAGUUGUCCGCGACGUGCUGUUCUUGAUGAGAGGCUCAGAGCUAGUGAAUAUUCUUCUCCGGCGUUAAUUGGUACCAUGCUUCAUCAGAUCUUUCAGGCUGGUCUUCUCGAGGAUUCGCCAACCAGGCAUUUCUUGGAUGAGCGUGCUGCCAUCAUACUGCAAGAAAACAUUGAGAACUUGUACGCAUGUGGUGCUAAUCAGAGUGCAACAUUUGCUGAACUUCUACAAGCAAUCCCCAGAAUAAUAAACUGGAUAAAAUGCUUUCGAGGUCUAGAGGAAAGAGAAAAGGCUGUUGUUGAUUUUGGACACAAUGAAGGACAAAAGGAAGUUUCAAUAAUUGAGGUCAUGGAUAUAGAAGAGAUGGCAUGGGCUCCAAAAUACGGCUUGAAAGGGAUCAUCGAUGCUUCUUUACAUGUUAAGAGGGGUGUAGGCGUUGGUGAUUCAAUGGAAACAAUUAUUCCAUUAGAGUUCAAAUCUGGGAAGGGAACAACUGGUCAGAUUGCUGUGGAACAUCGUGCUCAAGUGAUACUGUACACACUUCUGAUGUCUGAGAGAUAUCUUCGCAAGGAUGUUGACUCCGGCCUUCUAUAUUAUCUUCAUACCGAUGAGACAAGGGGUAUUAAAGUUCAACGAUCAGACUUGGUUGGGUUAAUUAUGCGUCGGAAUGAGCUCGCAUCUGAUAUCUUAAAAGCAUCAACCAGCCAAGUUCUGCCUCCAAUGCUAAAGAAUCCCACGGUGUGCCAAAACUGCCGUCAUCUGAAUUCUUGUUCAAUUUACCAUAAGGCAUAUGCCGGCAGUUACGAGACUAGCGGCCUUGGUGAUUUAUAUGAUAAAAAAACUGGACAUUUAAAUAUCGCCCACUUGGAAUUCCUUAAGCAUUGGGAUCGCUUGAUUGACCUGGAAGCAAAAACUUGUCAGGUAGCUAGCAAAGAAAUAUUUCGAGGUCGGCAUCUAAGAGAAAACAACUCAAGUUGUCUCUCUUCUCUAGUUUUAGAUGUCGCACAUGGAGUUUCAGUUCAUGGAUCUCUUCAAAAUGGCAGAUAUGUAUAUCAUUUUGUACGCCAGAGGGCAUCUCAGCAUGAUCAUGAAAUGGUUAACGUAGAUAUGAAGCAAAUUUCGGGAGCAGAAGAUGACAGCCUGGUCUGCUCCCUUAGAUGCGGGGACUUUGUGGUAAUCAGCUUGGUGAAUGGACGUCCAGCAAUUGCCCAUGGAAUCAUAUGCAGUAUUAAUCAAUUUCGUGUCUCUAUCUCUCUUUCUCGGCGCCUAAGGAUUCCAGGAAGCCAUCAGUCUUCAGAAACUAAUCUAAAUCUUGCUGUGUGGAGGAUUGACAAGGAUGAGAUUUCUACCUCAUAUGCAAUGAUGAGAUUCAACCUUCUGGAGUUGUUCGUUCCGAAUUUACAGAUUUCCCGGCUUAGAAAAAUGGUUGUUGACCUUGAAGCACCAAGAUUUGACAGUGGUGGAUUGCUUAGCCAGGAUCCAUCUGUAUCUUACGUACAUUUGGAAAAUUGUAUAAAUGAUGACCAACGUAGAGCUAUCAAAAAGAUACUUUCUGCAAAAGAUUACACACUUAUUUUGGGAAUGCCUGGAACGGGGAAAACUUCCACAAUGGUUCAUGCUGUUAAGGCGUUGCUGAUCAGAGGGGCAUCCAUUUUAUUGACAUCAUACACCAACUCGGCUGUUGAUAAUUUGCUUAUCAAGUUAAAAGCUCAGGGCAUUGAUUUUAUUCGGCUUGGUAGGCAGGAAGCUGUUCAUGAAGACAUUCGUCAACAUUGCUUUACAGAUAUGCACUCUGUUGAUGAUGUUAAGCAGAGGAUGGAUCAAAUCCGUGUUGUUGGAGUAACAUGUUUGGGCAUAAAACAUCCCUUGCUUGUGAACAAAACGUUUGAUGUCUGUAUAAUGGAUGAAGCCGGACAAAUUGCACUGCCAGUUUCUUUAGGGCCACUUAUGCUGGCUUCCACAUUUGUUCUCGUCGGAGAUCAUUAUCAGUUACCACCACUCGUUCAGAGCACAGAGGCUCGUGAGAAUGGAAUGGCUGUAAGCUUAUUCUGCAGGCUUUCAGAAGCUCAUCCUCAGGCUAUAUCAGCCUUGCAGAGCCAGUAUCGGAUGUGUGCUGGAAUCAUGGAACUAUCAAAUGCACUUAUUUAUGGGAACAGGCUCCGAUGUGGUUCCCAGGAAGUAGCAAAUGCAAAAAUAAAGUUGACCACUGUAGAACCUAUAAAAUGGUGGCUAAAAGAGGUUUUAGAUCCAAAUAAGUCUGUUGUCUUUAUCAACACAGACAAACUUCCUGCGCCUGAGGUAAGGGAGAAAAACAAUGUGCAUAAUCCAGCCGAAACUCGUAUUAUUUCAGAGAUAACUUGGGGGUUACUUGAGAGAGAAGUUUCAGAGGAUGAAGUUGGUAUCAUAACUCCUUACAAUUCUCAGGCUAGCCUCAUUCGGCGUGCUAUCAGUGCUUCUGUCGAGAUCCAUACUAUUGAUAAGUAUCAGGGACGGGACAAGGAUUGUUUAAUAGUUUCCUUUGUUCGAUCUAGUGAAAGCUCCAAGUCCUGUUCUUCCUCGCUACUUGGAGAUUGGCAUAGAAUCAAUGUCGCUCUCACCCGUGCAAAGAAGAAGCUGAUUAUGGUGGGGUCAUGUGGGACCCUUUCCAACGUUCCACUGUUGAAGCUUCUGAUAGAUAAGGUGAAUGAGCAGGGUGGUUUGCUGCAUAUUUCUAAUAGUGAUUUGGGCCAGUUUAAAGAGCUCGAGAAAUGUCCGAACGUGACUGUAUAGUUUCUCUCAUAUGCUUAAUUUUUUUUUUUCUUUCCUAUUGCGAUUCAAAGGGAAACUGUAUAUUCUUAGGCGGAUGCAGUUGCCUCAUGUAUAUAAUUCACUGGGUUAUUGAGUUGAUUUUAAGCGUUCCAGCUCAACUGCAAACUUUAAAAUUAAAGUUGCAGCUUUCUGAAUUUGAGAUGAAUUGGGCUUAUUUUUUU